AGCUUUCUGGUACGAACUCCGAAAUAUCGAGAUGGUGUCUGCGUUCAUCACAACGAUCAAGGUUUUGACUACAAUCGCUCAAGUGGCGCAGCGACUGAGCCCGGUGCCAGAUCUGUACCGCGUUCACAAACAACGGGAUACCGGCGUUAUGGCUUUCAUGCCGCUAGUCAUGCUGCUAUUGUGUAACCACGUAUGGUUGAUCUACGCCUACAUAGUGAAGAAUAUAUUCCCGUUAUUCUCCGUCUGCGUCUUCGGUGACAUCGUUUUGGUUCUCUAUGUCGCGAUCUAUGCAAAGUACUGCCCUGAUCGAGCGUAUGUGAUGAGAAUCCUCGUUGUGGGCACAGUUGCUUUCGUUUUGGUCACCAUAUACGCCGUUUUAGUUGCGAUGGGGGCGAUUCAUCAGUCAAGAGACCAACUCGGCGAUGUUUUCGGUUAUUUGGCGAAUGUGGCGACGUUUGCCUUGUACGCGUCACCAUUUGAGAAGAUCAAGCUGGUGUUGGAGACCAAAUCGUCCGCUGCAAUUCCCGUAAUUCUGUGCAGCAUCAUUUUCGUCAACAGCAGUUUAUGGCUCGUCAACGGAAUCAUCGACAAUGACUUGUUCAUUGUCGUACCGAACAUUGUAGGAGUUACUCUGACUGCCAUCCAACUUACGUUGUGCUACAUUUACCGUCCCAGCAGACACAUCUCGUCGGCGGAUACGGGCGACAGUGAGCUGGACAUCGUUGUGGAUUUCGAAAUGGGCGAGACGGCGAAAAUAGCCACAACAAGUACACCUAAAAGCACUUCGUUUGCUGCUCUGGAAUCACCAAAGAACCCCGCUAAGCAGUAAAAAACGCCUGCACUAUCCGAGUAAACGUUUGCUUAACUUUCUAGGCUCAAUUUUCGAGAAUAUGUCGCCUCGCUGGUUAGUUGUCUAUGCGAAAUUCUGGCAAGAAUAAACAACAUUAGUUGUGGUUACA